AUACACAAAUGUGCUGUUCACACAUCGCCACUUACUGGAAUUUGCAUGUAACGUUACUACUUAUAAUAAUGGAAAAUUGGAAGUACAGUUUUACCGUAAAGGUCCCGUUCACACAUGAUUGUUAACUGCAAUUUACCAGUAAACGCUGUAUGUGUGAAAGAGACUUCUGAUACAAGCCAAAGUGCAUUUAUUAACAGAUUACAAAUGCUGUGUACAGAGGGAAAUCGAGGAAAAAAAGACAUUUGCUGGCAAACAUUUUGUAAGUUUUAAAUGAGUUUACAGUAAAUUAAUAAUCGAUACCAGCCUUUACAUUAUUUUCCAAAAUAAACAUGAUCUAAAGUUCAUAUUUCUGUACUGAAGGCUGUUGAAGACCCGUUGAGUAAGAUUUUGAAUUCGCACAGAUUAAUUUCUACUUCUUCCAAAGUGACCACCAGAUGAUGAAUCUUCCUCUAAAUCUGGACUGGAUUAUCACAUCAUUUCAUUAAUAUUCAGGAAGCGAGCUGAAAGGUUUAGAUAGUGCCUUCCCUCUUUUCACAUCAUUCUGUUUCUCUAGUCUCUAGAACACACGGAACAAAAUGUUGAUGCUUGCGGCGGUUUUAAUGCUCGGCACAUGCUCCACACACGGGCAAGACUUACUUUCCCCACAAAUUAACAUUCUUAAUGAACUUGGCAAGAUAAAAACCUUGGAACAAACUAUGGAAACUGAGCUGGAAAGACUAAGGACAGAAAACAAAGCACAGGCCGACAUGUUGAAGUCCUUGUAUAAUGCAAUGAAUGACAAAGUGGAUGAACUAAUAAACCAAAAUGCAGCUUCAAAAGUGGCUUUCUCAGCAUCUCUUAUGAGCACUCACGUCCCACAACACAUUGGACCUGUAGUUGGUGAAUUUCACACCCUGGUUUACAGCCAUGUCUAUCUCAAUACUGGAAACGCCUAUGACUCCAACACAGGAAUCUUCACAGCACCAACCAGAGGAGUCUAUGCGUUCAGAGUCUUCUCCAAAGCCGGUGGACAUCCAGAGAAAGCUCUUACUGCAGGCCUGUUUAAAAAUGACCAGCAUAUAUUUUCCACACACGCAAAUCAACCCUCCGGCUUCAUCAGCUCUUCAAAUGGCGUUUCUCUGCUUCUAGAAAAAGGCGAUGAGGUCAAAGUAAAUCUCUAUCCGGGCACCUGGAUCUUUGACAACGGUGAACAUCAUCACAGCACAUUCAGUGGACACCUGCUUUUUCAAAUGUAGUUUAUUCAGAAUAUUCACCAUCACACAAAUUUGACAUGUAUAAUUACAUGCAAGAUAAAAUGCUCAUUAGCUAACCAUAGAAUAAUAUAGUAUCCAUUUCAAUGAAAUAAACACAUAUAUGCUCAUGUCAGAGCUGUGUUUAAGGCAACUGUAUCAUGUAGUGUUCAGUCAUGUAUAAAAUAAUACAAAUUAGGGAUGCACGAUAAAUUAUCGGCCAUAACGUUAUCGGCCAGUAUACUGUAUAAUAGCCAAUAAAUCGUAAAUCACU